AUGGCUUUUGCCACCUCUUCUCCUGAAUACAUUUCACUUUUAUCCUUGCUUACCUCGACCCCGAUGCCGACAUCCACUAUCAGCCUGGAAUUUACAGGUUGGUCGUCCCUCAUCGGCAUCCCCCACAAGAGGGACCCCAAAAUACAUGCUAUCCGUCACCUAACUCCACUCGCCAUUGCUUACGGAACCGCCAGUCCUCGGGUGGGCCAGAGUCCUCUUAUGCGGGGGGCCCACUUCAUAACCACUCUCGGGACAUGCAAAGUAGGCCUACCUAGAGGGUGUAAGCUUUUAAGCCUUUCUGUUAGUGCUGUAGGGUGGAGAUGUGCUUUUAGUGUGGAGUUGUGCUUUUCACCAAGUCAAUCUCCUAUUUCCUUCUCAAACAAGUUGUCAGAUAAAGAAAUGCCUUAUUCAUAA